CUUUUCAAACAGAGAUAAUGGCGGGAUUGUCCAACCCGUGCGGUCGGUUGUACCAGUCGCAAAAUAUCAAGGGUACAUCAUCUUUACAAUACAAAUUACAGCCAAAUUCAUUGAUCCAUGCAUUUUUUUGCUACACCCUUAUUCAUACAGAGCCAGGGAUAAUUAUUUUAAGAAUACAGGGCCCUAAAUCAUGAUCAGCUACAUCUAUAUGAUACUGAUAUACCACAAUGACUGUAUAAAAUAUCUCACCACUGUGGCAAUAAAAAUUAAUUUAUGGUUUCUUGGAGUAAUGCCAUGCUUCUCUGCUCACGAACAUGUCUUAGCAACCAAGUUGGUAGCAUUUUAUCCAACUAACUAUGACAAAGGUUUACCAACACACAUGGCAACUUUGAUGGUAUUUGAUCCAGAAAAUGGGAGCCUCAAAGCAAUAAUGGAUGGAGAGGUAAUUACAAAUCUAAGGACAGCAGCAGCCUCAGCAGUGGCUACAAAGUAUUUGGCCAAUCCUAAAUCACAAGUCCUUGCUAUAAUUGGGGCAGGGCACCAAGCCAGGAGUCACCAUCAAGCCUUGUCAACAUUGUUCAACUUUACAGAGGUAAACAUAUACAGUAGAACUUUGGAAAGUGCAGAGAAGCUCUCCCAGGAGAUAGGUAGCACAGCUAAGGCAUGCAGCAGUGUAGAGGAAGCUGUAAAAAGAGCAGAUAUCAUAGUAACUGUUACAUUUUCCAAAGUCCCAGUGUUGUUUGCGAAGUGGGUAAAACCAGGAGCACAUGUGAAUGCUGUAGGUGCUUGUCGUCCAGACUGGCAAGAAAUUGACCCUGACUUGAUGCGAGGGUCUGUAUUGUAUGUGGACAGUAGAGAAGGGGCAAUGAAAGAAUCUGGAGAUGUAAUCCUUUCCAAGGCUGAAGUUUAUGCAGAAGUUGGGGAGGUAGUCAAUGGCACAAAGGAGGCCUUUUGUGAGAAAACCACAGUGUUCAAAUCACUUGGCAUGGCUGUAGAAGAUGCAGUGUCAGCAAACUUGGUCCUGGCUAAGUUGAGAACAACAUAGAGACAGAAGCCAAGCCAUCAAAUAGAAAAUGUGGAGUAAACACAUUAUCAUCCCAAGAUGCACAUAAAAUAGCAAAGUGAUAUUUCAGUGAGGAUGAAAAUAAUAAUCAUGAUAAUAUAAUAUUAGCAAAAGUAACAAUAAUGAUAACAAUAUAACAGCAGAGCCCAAUGCUGACUUGUGUCUAUUAAAGGGAUAACAACUGUUCAUUUUGGCCAAAAACUGGAUUUUCCUGUAGUAAAGGACAAUUU